AUGAUUCCUCUGACAAAUCGUGAUGUGAUUCUUGACCUCUUUCUGUCUCUUCCUUUUCUUGGCAGCGAGGCGAAGAUAGAAGCUCUUGUAAUGCCGCCGCGGCGAACCAAAAAAGAAACCGUACCCCAGUCAAAACGAACGGUUCAGGCUAAUAGCAAUACCAACGGCAACGGCAGCAAUGCCGCCACACGGGGUGCGGCCCCGAAGAGGACAGUGAAACCUGUGCCUGGGGCGCGCCUUCGUGAUCUAUUAAGUGCUCAUCCAGUAGAUGAUUUACAAAAUCAAACCGAGGCGUCACUCCACAAGCCACGCGGCAGUGGUUUGGGUUCCAUUCAGCGUCUCUCUACCAUUCUGCACGGUGCUUUUCUCGUCACAAUGGCGAAAAAGGCACAACUUCGAGUUUCUCACACUGGAGCAAACGUCACCGUAACAGUGGACGCUGAGUGGCUGGAGGCAAUUGUGCGGUACUGCGGUUUCACGGUCUUGACUCGUGACAUCAUUGAGUGCGGCGCCGCAUUCACUGCUUGGCUGCAGGUCUCGGUGACUGCGGGCCCCGGCGGAGUGGCAGAAGAAGCUCCUGCUAGUCACAAUACAGGGACUGCGAGUCUGGGAGGCCUGAAGCAGCUGGGGGAGGGGGUGGCGGCCGCGGCGGUGGUGGUGAAACUGAGGCUCCUCCGUGAAAGUGUGCCGUCUGUUCUGGAGGCGGAGGCGCAUCUAAAGAAGCGUUGGGGGCGCACUGAGGCCUGGCGAGACACCCUGUUUUCUGCUGGGCUCACCACGGCCAGGGAGACAGGUGAAGUAGACUUCCGCAGCAACGACGACCUUUCGUUGAACGACGGUAAAACAAGGGGCACCAUGGUGCAUUCCACGUCAGAUGAUGAUAAAAGCGAAGGAGGCGGCGGUGUCAGUGAUGAGGAGUUGCUAGCACAGAUAUCCAAGGAACUUCGAGCCUCCCUAUCGGAGGAUAAGCUGCGUGCCGUUGUUGCGCAAAUGCGGAGGGAGUCACUCGGCCUCGAGGCAAAGGAGCAGGAGAAAAUAAGUAGGCGACAGCGACAAGAGCGGCUGUUGUCAACCUACGACCUGGUGCGCAGUAUUUUGGGUGAGAAGCGGUCGGUGUGUAACACAGCACAUAUAUUGCAGCAGAUGGCUGCGCAGAACCGUUUUGGCGACGACAUGGAUGGCGCCCUCGAGCAGUUGGCGUCUCUUGCGCGCCACAAGGAGAGUGGUAUUGUGCUAUUUAAGUUGGAUGACGAGCCUGAGCUGCUUCUGCCGCAGCAGCGGAAUGGGGAGGGCGGGACAGCUCCUUCAUUCACGGUGAGGGAGGUGGAUCUUUGUCGCUGCUCCACGCGCGAGCUGGAGGCGGUGCUGCUGCGUUUGGACCGCCACGUGGCGUCGAGGGCUGCGCUGCACGCAGCGCUACUACAAGAGUAA